AUGCUUUGUUCUGGUGCAUUUGGUGAAGAAAAUAUAAUUCCUCCAUCACAAAAUUGUAAAAAUAUUGAACCGAUAGCUUUUUCUCCAUUACCAAUAACACAAAUUGAAGAAGAAGAAGAACCGGAUAUUGAAGUACGACGUACAAAAGUUCGACAAUUGAUUGAUGAUGAAGAUGAAGAUGAAAAUGAUUCAAAUAAACAAUUGAGUAGUGGAAGUCAUAAUGUCGAGGAAAACGAAGAAGAAGAAGAAGAAGAAGAAAUGGAAGACAAUGAAGAAUUAGUUGAUUAUAAAAAACAAUUAUUUGAAAUGGAAGCUGAAGAAUCAGGAAGUGAAGUUGAUGAAAAAGAUAAAGAUGAUGAAAGUGAUAGUGAUGAAAAUGAAGAAUUAGAUGAAGAAUUACAAAAAUUCAUUGAUACAGCAGCUAUUGAAAUAGAUGAAGAUGAAGCUGAUAAUAUGGCUAAAGUACAUUUAAAAAUUAAAGCUAAAGAAGAUGAACAACAAUUAAAAUUACUUAAAGAACAAUAUCUUGAUUUUGAUGCUGAUGAUGAUGGAAGAAGAAUAAAAAUUUCGAAAGUGCCGAUAGAUGAUGAUGAUGAUGAAGAUGAUGAUCCUGAUUAUAAUAGUGAACCAGGAGAAGAAGACGAAGAUGAUGAUGACGAUGAUCAAAUAAAUAUAAAAGAUCGAAUGAGUGAAUUAGAACGACAACGUUCAAUACAAGAUAAUCAAGCCGAAGAACUUCAUCUUGAUGAAGAUUUAGAUAGUAUUGGUCAAAAUAGUUCUAUGUUUCAAAAAGGUCUUGCACUUAAACAAAAAAAACUUCAAAAUACAAUUACAACACAUAUUGAAUCAACUAGUCAAAUAAUAACUGAUUCAAAUACGAAAAAAACUAAUCAAACACGUUCUGUUACACUCAGUUCUGUUCUAUUAGCUAAACGAUUUAGUUCAACACUUUUAGCACCAAUUAAUAAAAAUAAUAUAACAGUAACUAACCUGAAUAAUACUGAUGAAACAACAAUAACAACAAAAAAACAACAUAAUCCUCGACGACAUGUUUUUUCAACAAAUUUAACAACAAUUGGUACAAAUGAAAAUCAAAAUCCAAUUCAAUCAACAACAACAAUAACAUCAUCUGGUGAAAAACGAGCAAAUUCAGCUGAUAAAUCUCCGAAAACUAAUAUUAAAAGAUUUAAACAAUCAACAACAAUUACAACAAAAACAAAUGAAUCUACAGCAAGUGUAUUUUCAGCUUUAGCAUUUUCAAAUACACAUCGUUAG